CGGCAGGCGGCGCUGGGCGGGGCCGGCAGCGCGCGGGGGGCGUGGCGCCGGCGCACCAAGAUGGCGACACCCGCAGUCCCCCCCGCAGCUCCCGCCCCGCCGCAGUCCGGCCCGGAGACGCGCUAGAGCCGCCGCCGCGAGCUGACCGGUCCAGGGUGCGACAUCACUAAAGAAGCUGCUGCAGGAUGAAAAGAUGGCAGCGCGGCUGCUCGCACCACCAGGCCCUGAUAGUUUUAAACCUUUCACUCCGGAGUCUCUGGCGAACAUCGAGAAACACAUCGCGGAGCUGAAGAAGAAGAAGCAGCGCCCAAAGCAAGACAGCAGCCACCGGGACGACGAUGAAGACAGCAAACCAAAACCAAACAGUGACCUUGAGGCGGGGAAGAAUUUGCCUUUCAUCUACGGGGACAUCCCAAAAGGCCUGGUUGCUGUACCGCUGGAGGACUUUGACCCUUAUUAUAUGACCCAGAAAACCUUUGUAGUACUAAACAGAGGGAAAACACUCUUCCGAUUUAGUGCCACACCUGCCUUGUACAUUUUAAGUCCUUUUAAUCUGUUUAGAAGAAUAGCUAUUAAAAUUUUGAUACAUUCAGUAUUUAGCAUGAUCAUUAUGUGCACUAUUUUGACCAACUGUGUAUUCAUGACUUUUAGUAACCCGCCCGAAUGGUCGAAGAAUGUGGAGUAUACAUUCACUGGUAUUUAUACAUUUGAAUCACUUGUGAAAAUUAUUGCCAGAGGUUUCUGUAUAGACGGCUUUACUUUCCUACGAGAUCCAUGGAACUGGCUAGAUUUCAGUGUGAUCAUGAUGGCAUAUGUCACAGAGUUUGUGGACCUUGGGAAUGUCUCAGCAUUGAGAACUUUCAGAGUUCUCCGAGCUUUGAAAACUAUCUCUGUUAUUCCAGGCCUGAAGACCAUUGUGGGUGCCCUAAUUCAGUCUGUGAAGAAGCUGUCGGAUGUAAUGAUCUUGACAGUGUUUUGUCUCAGUGUCUUUGCUCUCAUCGGGUUGCAGCUCUUUAUGGGCAAUUUAAGGAACAAAUGUGUAAUAUGGCCAAUUAACGUGAACGAGACUUUCCUGGAUAACGGCUCGAAGGGCUUUGACUGGGAGGAAUACACCAACAAUAUGUCAAAUUUUUACAUAAUUCCUGGCGCCCCUGAUCCUUUGCUCUGUGGUAACAGCUCGGAUGCAGGCCAAUGUCCGGAGGGUUACACGUGCAUGAAAGCAGGACGGAACCCCAACUACGGUUACACGAGCUUUGACACUUUCAGCUGGGCUUUCCUGGCUUUAUUUCGCCUUAUGACUCAGGACUUCUGGGAAAACUUGUAUCAAUUGACCUUACGAGCAGCAGGAAAAACCUACAUGAUCUUCUUUGUCUUGGUGAUCUUUGUGGGAUCGUUCUACCUGGUCAAUCUCAUUUUGGCUGUGGUGGCCAUGGCUUAUGAAGAGCAGAACCAGGCCACGCUGGAGGAGGCAGAGCAGAAAGAGGCAGAAUUUAAGGCCAUGUUGGAGCAACUGAAAAAGCAGCAGGAAGAAGCACAGGCCGCUGCCAUGGUCACUUCGGCAGGGACCGUCUCUGAGGAUGCUGUGGAAGAUGAUGGUGGGGGGAGGAUGUCUCGGAGCUCCUCUGAGAUUUCCAAACUCAGUUCCAAGAGUGCCAAGGAGCGUCGAAACAGGAGGAAGAAGCGAAAGGACAAGGAACUGUCAGAAGGAGAUGAGAAGUGUGACACUGAGAAGGUGUUCAAGUCCGAGUCUGAGGAUGGCAUGAGGAGGAAGGCAUUUAGGCUGCCAGAUAACAGGCUAGGAAGGAAGUUUUCCAUCAUGAACCAGUCUCUCCUCAGCAUCCCAGGCUCCCCUUUCCUCUCCCGACACAACAGCAAGAGCAGCAUCUUCAGCUACAAGGGGCGGUUUCGUGACCCGGGUUCGGAGAACGAGUUUGCGGAUGACGAGCACAGCACCGUGGAGGAAAGCGAAGGCCGGAGAGAUUCCCUCUUCAUCCCCAUCCGCGGCCGCGACCGCAGGAGCAGCUACAGCGGGUACAGCGGGUACAGCCAGGGCAGCCGCUCCUCACGGAUCUUCCCCAACCUCCGCCGCAACGUGAAGAGGAACAGCACGGUGGACUGCAACGGCGUGGUGUCCCUCAUCGGUGGCCCCCCUUCCAGCAUGCCCGGGGGACGCCUUCUGCCUGAGGGCACUACUGAAAUCGAAAUCAGAAAGAAGCCUGGUGGGUCUCUCCUGGUCUCCAUGGAUCAGGUGAACGCAUCCUAUGGAAGAAAGGAUCGAACCAACAGCGUGAUGACGGGGUUGACAAAUACCCUUGUUGAGGAGCUGGAAGAGUCCCAGAGGAAGUGUCCCCCUUGCUGGUAUAAAUUUGCCAAUACAUUCUUGAUCUGGGAAUGCCACCCGUACUGGAUGAAGCUGAAGGAGAUAGUGAACUUAAUUGUCAUGGAUCCUUUUGUUGACUUGGCCAUCACCAUCUGUAUUGUGCUGAACACCUUGUUCAUGGCGAUGGAGCACCAUCCUAUGACCCCAGAGUUUGAACACGUGCUCUCCGUAGGAAAUCUGGUUUUCACUGGAAUUUUCACAGCAGAAAUGUUCCUGAAGCUCAUCGCCAUGGAUCCCUACUAUUAUUUCCAAGAAGGCUGGAACAUCUUUGAUGGAUUUAUUGUCUCCCUCAGUUUAAUGGAGCUGGGUCUGGCAGAUGUGGAAGGACUUUCUGUGCUGCGAUCUUUCCGAUUGCUGAGAGUCUUCAAACUGGCCAAGUCCUGGCCCACUCUGAACAUGCUGAUAAAAAUCAUCGGUAACUCAGUGGGUGCUUUGGGGAACUUGACCUUGGUGCUAGCCAUCAUCGUGUUCAUCUUUGCUGUGGUGGGCAUGCAGCUCUUCGGCAAAAGCUACAAGGAGUGUGUCUGCAAGAUCAAUCCGGAGUGUGAGCUACCCCGCUGGCACAUGCACGAUUUCUUCCACUCCUUCCUUAUUGUCUUCCGUGUGUUGUGUGGGGAAUGGAUUGAGACCAUGUGGGAUUGUAUGGAAGUAGCAGGACAGGCCAUGUGCUUGAUUGUCUUCAUGAUGGUCAUGGUCAUCGGAAAUUUAGUGGUGCUGAACCUGUUCUUAGCCUUGCUACUGAGCUCCUUCAGUGCAGACAACUUGGCAGCAACAGAUGAUGAUGGGGAGAUGAACAACCUGCAGAUUUCUGUCAUUCGCAUCAAGAAGGGCAUUGCCUGGACCAAGGCAAAAGUGCGUGAGUUCAUGCAGGCUCAUUUCAAGCAGAGAGAGGCAGAUGAGGUUAAACCCUUGGAUGAAUUGUAUGACAAGAAGGUGAACUGCAUCGCCAACCAUACAGGGGCUGAUAUCAACAGAGACAUUGAUUAUCAGAAGAAUGGCAAUGGCACCACAAGCGGAAUUGGGAGCAGCGUGGAGAAGUACAUCAUAGAUGAAGAUCACAUGUCCUUCAUCAAUAACCCCAAUCUCACUGUCCGGGUGCCUAUUGCCGUAGGUGAAUCGGAUUUUGAAAAUCUCAACACAGAAGAUUUCAGCAGUGAUACAGAUCCCGACGGCAGCAAAGAGAAACUUGAUGAGACCAGCUCCUCUGAAGGUAGCACCAUCGAUAUAAAGCCUGAAGUGGAAGAAGUCCCUGUGGAGGCACCAGAGGAGUAUCUGGACCCUGACGCGUGCUUCACAGAAGGCUGCACGCAGCGCUGUAAAUGCUGCCAGGUCAAUAUUGAGGAAGGGCUGGGGAAGUCUUGGUGGACCUUGAGGAAGACUUGUUUUCUGAUCGUGGAGCACAAUUGGUUUGAGACUUUCAUCAUCUUUAUGAUCCUACUGAGCAGCGGUGCUCUGGCCUUCGAGGAUAUUUACAUAGAACAGAGGAAAACCAUCCGGACCAUCCUGGAGUACGCGGACAAAGUCUUCACUUACAUUUUCAUCCUGGAGAUGUUGCUGAAAUGGUGUGCUUAUGGAUUCGUCAAGUUCUUCACCAACGCCUGGUGCUGGCUGGAUUUCCUCAUUGUGGCUGUAUGUAUCCUCUCCUCCUUAUUUCUGGUUGGAAAAAAAAAAAUGUUAGUUGGAGGAAUGCUGGGUCUUGUUUUCUUCUCUGCAGGCCUGAAGACCAUUGUGGGUGCCCUAAUUCAGUCUGUGAAGAAGCUGUCGGAUGUAAUGAUCUUGACAGUGUUUUGUCUCAGUGUCUUUGCUCUCAUCGGGUUGCAGCUCUUUAUGGGCAAUUUAAGGAACAAAUGUGUAAUAUGGCCAAUUAACGUGAACGAGACUUUCCUGGAUAACGGCUCGAAGGGCUUUGACUGGGAGGAAUACACCAACAAUAUGUCAAAUUUUUACAUAAUUCCUGGCGCCCCUGAUCCUUUGCUCUGUGGUAACAGCUCGGAUGCAGGCCAAUGUCCGGAGGGUUACACGUGCAUGAAAGCAGGACGGAACCCCAACUACGGUUACACGAGCUUUGACACUUUCAGCUGGGCUUUCCUGGCUUUAUUUCGCCUUAUGACUCAGGACUUCUGGGAAAACUUGUAUCAAUUGACCUUACGAGCAGCAGGAAAAACCUACAUGAUCUUCUUUGUCUUGGUGAUCUUUGUGGGAUCGUUCUACCUGGUCAAUCUCAUUUUGGCUGUGGUGGCCAUGGCUUAUGAAGAGCAGAACCAGGCCACGCUGGAGGAGGCAGAGCAGAAAGAGGCAGAAUUUAAGGCCAUGUUGGAGCAACUGAAAAAGCAGCAGGAAGAAGCACAGGCCGCUGCCAUGGUCACUUCGGCAGGGACCGUCUCUGAGGAUGCUGUGGAAGAUGAUGGUGGGGGGAGGAUGUCUCGGAGCUCCUCUGAGAUUUCCAAACUCAGUUCCAAGAGUGCCAAGGAGCGUCGAAACAGGAGGAAGAAGCGAAAGGACAAGGAACUGUCAGAAGGAGAUGAGAAGUGUGACACUGAGAAGGUGUUCAAGUCCGAGUCUGAGGAUGGCAUGAGGAGGAAGGCAUUUAGGCUGCCAGAUAACAGGCUAGGAAGGAAGUUUUCCAUCAUGAACCAGUCUCUCCUCAGCAUCCCAGGCUCCCCUUUCCUCUCCCGACACAACAGCAAGAGCAGCAUCUUCAGCUACAAGGGGCGGUUUCGUGACCCGGGUUCGGAGAACGAGUUUGCGGAUGACGAGCACAGCACCGUGGAGGAAAGCGAAGGCCGGAGAGAUUCCCUCUUCAUCCCCAUCCGCGGCCGCGACCGCAGGAGCAGCUACAGCGGGUACAGCGGGUACAGCCAGGGCAGCCGCUCCUCACGGAUCUUCCCCAACCUCCGCCGCAACGUGAAGAGGAACAGCACGGUGGACUGCAACGGCGUGGUGUCCCUCAUCGGUGGCCCCCCUUCCAGCAUGCCCGGGGGACGCCUUCUGCCUGAGGGCACUACUGAAAUCGAAAUCAGAAAGAAGCCUGGUGGGUCUCUCCUGGUCUCCAUGGAUCAGGUGAACGCAUCCUAUGGAAGAAAGGAUCGAACCAACAGCGUGAUGACGGGGUUGACAAAUACCCUUGUUGAGGAGCUGGAAGAGUCCCAGAGGAAGUGUCCCCCUUGCUGGUAUAAAUUUGCCAAUACAUUCUUGAUCUGGGAAUGCCACCCGUACUGGAUGAAGCUGAAGGAGAUAGUGAACUUAAUUGUCAUGGAUCCUUUUGUUGACUUGGCCAUCACCAUCUGUAUUGUGCUGAACACCUUGUUCAUGGCGAUGGAGCACCAUCCUAUGACCCCAGAAUUUGAACACGUGCUCUCCGUAGGAAAUCUGGGUACUACUGAAAUCGAAAUCAGAAAGAAGCCUGGUGGGUCUCUCCUGGUCUCCAUGGAUCAGGUGAACGCAUCCUAUGGAAGAAAGGAUCGAACCAACAGCGUGAUGACGGGGUUGACAAAUACCCUUGUUGAGGAGCUGGAAGAGUCCCAGAGGAAGUGUCCCCCUUGCUGGUAUAAAUUUGCCAAUACAUUCUUGAUCUGGGAAUGCCACCCGUACUGGAUGAAGCUGAAGGAGAUAGUGAACUUAAUUGUCAUGGAUCCUUUUGUUGACUUGGCCAUCACCAUCUGUAUUGUGCUGAACACCUUGUUCAUGGCGAUGGAGCACCAUCCUAUGACCCCAGAAUUUGAACACGUGCUCUCCGUAGGAAAUCUGGUUUUCACUGGAAUUUUCACAGCAGAAAUGUUCCUGAAGCUCAUCGCCAUGGAUCCCUACUAUUAUUUCCAAGAAGGCUGGAACAUCUUUGAUGGAUUUAUUGUCUCCCUCAGUUUAAUGGAGCUGGGUCUGGCAGAUGUGGAAGGACUUUCUGUGCUGCGAUCUUUCCGAUUGCUGAGAGUCUUCAAACUGGCCAAGUCCUGGCCCACUCUGAACAUGCUGAUAAAAAUCAUCGGUAACUCAGUGGGUGCUUUGGGGAACUUGACCUUGGUGCUAGCCAUCAUCGUGUUCAUCUUUGCUGUGGUGGGCAUGCAGCUCUUCGGCAAAAGCUACAAGGAGUGUGUCUGCAAGAUCAAUCCGGAGUGUGAGCUACCCCGCUGGCACAUGCACGAUUUCUUCCACUCCUUCCUUAUUGUCUUCCGUGUGUUGUGUGGGGAAUGGAUUGAGACCAUGUGGGAUUGUAUGGAAGUAGCAGGACAGGCCAUGUGCUUGAUUGUCUUCAUGAUGGUCAUGGUCAUCGGAAAUUUAGUGGUGCUGAACCUGUUCUUAGCCUUGCUACUGAGCUCCUUCAGUGCAGACAACUUGGCAGCAACAGAUGAUGAUGGGGAGAUGAACAACCUGCAGAUUUCUGUCAUUCGCAUCAAGAAGGGCAUUGCCUGGACCAAGGCAAAAGUGCGUGAGUUCAUGCAGGCUCAUUUCAAGCAGAGAGAGGCAGAUGAGGUUAAACCCUUGGAUGAAUUGUAUGACAAGAAGGUGAACUGCAUCGCCAACCAUACAGGGGCUGAUAUCAACAGAGACAUUGAUUAUCAGAAGAAUGGCAAUGGCACCACAAGCGGAAUUGGGAGCAGCGUGGAGAAGUACAUCAUAGAUGAAGAUCACAUGUCCUUCAUCAAUAACCCCAAUCUCACUGUCCGGGUGCCUAUUGCUGUAGGUGAAUCGGAUUUUGAAAAUCUCAACACAGAAGAUUUCAGCAGUGAUACAGAUCCCGACGGCAGCAAAGAGAAACUUGAUGAGACCAGCUCCUCUGAAGGUAGCACCAUUGAUAUAAAGCCUGAAGUGGAAGAAGUCCCUGUGGAGGCACCAGAGGAGUAUCUGGACCCUGACGCGUGCUUCACAGAAGGCUGCACGCAGCGCUGUAAAUGCUGCCAGGUCAAUAUUGAGGAAGGGCUGGGGAAGUCUUGGUGGACCUUGAGGAAGACUUGUUUUCUGAUCGUGGAGCACAAUUGGUUUGAGACUUUCAUCAUCUUUAUGAUCCUACUGAGCAGCGGUGCUCUGGCCUUCGAGGAUAUUUACAUAGAACAGAGGAAAACCAUCCGGACCAUCCUGGAGUACGCGGACAAAGUCUUCACUUACAUUUUCAUCCUGGAGAUGUUGCUGAAAUGGUGUGCUUAUGGAUUCGUCAAGUUCUUCACCAACGCCUGGUGCUGGCUGGAUUUCCUCAUUGUGGCUGUAUGUAUCCUCUCCUCCUUAUUUCUGGUUGGAAAAAAAAAAAUGUUAGUUGGAGGAAUGCUGGGCUCUAAGAAAGUUUUCACUGGAAUUUUCACAGCAGAAAUGUUCCUGAAGCUCAUCGCCAUGGAUCCCUACUAUUAUUUCCAAGAAGGCUGGAACAUCUUUGAUGGAUUUAUUGUCUCCCUCAGUUUAAUGGAGCUGGGUCUGGCAGAUGUGGAAGGACUUUCUGUGCUGCGAUCUUUCCGAUUGCUGAGAGUCUUCAAACUGGCCAAGUCCUGGCCCACUCUGAACAUGCUGAUAAAAAUCAUCGGUAACUCAGUGGGUGCUUUGGGGAACUUGACCUUGGUGCUAGCCAUCAUCGUGUUCAUCUUUGCUGUGGUGGGCAUGCAGCUCUUCGGCAAAAGCUACAAGGAGUGUGUCUGCAAGAUCAAUCCGGAGUGUGAGCUACCCCGCUGGCACAUGCACGAUUUCUUCCACUCCUUCCUUAUUGUCUUCCGUGUGUUGUGUGGGGAAUGGAUUGAGACCAUGUGGGAUUGUAUGGAAGUAGCAGGACAGGCCAUGUGCUUGAUUGUCUUCAUGAUGGUCAUGGUCAUCGGAAAUUUAGUGGUGCUGAACCUGUUCUUAGCCUUGCUACUGAGCUCCUUCAGUGCAGACAACUUGGCAGCAACAGAUGAUGAUGGGGAGAUGAACAACCUGCAGAUUUCUGUCAUUCGCAUCAAGAAGGGCAUUGCCUGGACCAAGGCAAAAGUGCGUGAGUUCAUGCAGGCUCAUUUCAAGCAGAGAGAGGCAGAUGAGGUUAAACCCUUGGAUGAAUUGUAUGACAAGAAGGUGAACUGCAUCGCCAACCAUACAGGGGCUGAUAUCAACAGAGACAUUGAUUAUCAGAAGAAUGGCAAUGGCACCACAAGCGGAAUUGGGAGCAGCGUGGAGAAGUACAUCAUAGAUGAAGAUCACAUGUCCUUCAUCAAUAACCCCAAUCUCACUGUCCGGGUGCCUAUUGCCGUAGGUGAAUCGGAUUUUGAAAAUCUCAACACAGAAGAUUUCAGCAGUGAUACAGAUCCCGACGGCAGCAAAGAGAAACUUGAUGAGACCAGCUCCUCUGAAGGUAGCACCAUCGAUAUAAAGCCUGAAGUGGAAGAAGUCCCUGUGGAGGCACCAGAGGAGUAUCUGGACCCUGACGCGUGCUUCACAGAAGGCUGCACGCAGCGCUGUAAAUGCUGCCAGGUCAAUAUUGAGGAAGGGCUGGGGAAGUCUUGGUGGACCUUGAGGAAGACUUGUUUUCUGAUCGUGGAGCACAAUUGGUUUGAGACUUUCAUCAUCUUUAUGAUCCUACUGAGCAGCGGUGCUCUGGCCUUCGAGGAUAUUUACAUAGAACAGAGGAAAACCAUCCGGACCAUCCUGGAGUACGCGGACAAAGUCUUCACUUACAUUUUCAUCCUGGAGAUGUUGCUGAAAUGGUGUGCUUAUGGAUUCGUCAAGUUCUUCACCAACGCCUUCGAGGAUAUUUACAUAGAACAGAGGAAAACCAUCCGGACCAUCCUGGAGUACGCGGACAAAGUCUUCACUUACAUUUUCAUCCUGGAGAUGUUGCUGAAAUGGUGUGCUUAUGGAUUCGUCAAGUUCUUCACCAACGCCUGGUGCUGGCUGGAUUUCCUCAUUGUGGCUGUCUCUUUAGUCAGCCUUGUAGCUAAUGCCCUGGGCUACUCGGAACUAGGUGCCAUAAAGUCCCUUAGGACACUAAGAGCUUUGAGGCCUUUAAGAGCGUUGUCCCGAUUUGAGGGGAUGAGGGUGGUUGUCAACGCCUUGGUUGGCGCUAUCCCUUCCAUUAUGAAUGUGUUGUUGGUCUGCCUUAUCUUCUGGCUGAUUUUCAGCAUUAUGGGGGUUAACCUGUUUGCCGGGAAAUAUCAUUACUGCUUUAAUGAAACAGCUGAGGAGCGCUUCGAAAUAGAUAUUGUUAACAACAAGACAGACUGCGAAGCGCUGAUGCCGCCCAACUCCACUGAGAUUCGAUGGAAGAAUGUGAAAAUUAACUUUGACAACGUCGGGGCAGGAUAUCUGGCUCUUCUGCAAGUUGCUACCUUCAAGGGCUGGAUGGACAUCAUGUACGCAGCAGUGGACUCCAGAAAGCAAGAAGAGCAACCCAAGUACGAGGACAACAUUUACAUGUACAUAUAUUUUGUUAUCUUCAUUAUCUUCGGCUCCUUUUUCACCCUGAACUUGUUUAUUGGUGUCAUCAUCGACAACUUCAAUCAACAAAAGAAAAAGUUUGGAGGUCAAGAUAUUUUCAUGACAGAAGAACAAAAGAAGUACUAUAAUGCCAUGAAAAAACUGGGCUCAAAGAAGCCUCAGAAACCUAUUCCCCGACCUCUGAACCGCAUCCAAGGGGCUGUCUUUGACUUUGUCACUCAGCAAGCAUUUGAUAUAGUCAUCAUGAUGCUCAUUUGCCUCAACAUGGUGACCAUGAUGGUGGAGACGGACACACAAAGCAAGCAGAUGGAGGACAUCCUUUACUGGAUCAACCUGGUGUUUGUCAUCUUCUUCACCUGUGAGUGUGUGCUGAAGAUGUUCGCCUUGCGGCACUAUUAUUUCACCAUCGGGUGGAACAUUUUUGACUUCGUGGUUGUGAUUCUGUCCAUUGUGGGAAUGUUCCUGGCUGAAAUCAUUGAGAAGUAUUUUGUGUCGCCCACUCUCUUCCGAGUCAUCCGACUGGCUCGCAUUGGACGUAUCCUGCGUUUGAUCAAAGGAGCCAAAGGGAUCCGCACCUUGCUUUUUGCCUUAAUGAUGUCCUUGCCUGCCUUGUUCAACAUUGGCCUCUUGCUGUUCUUGGUCAUGUUCAUCUUCUCCAUCUUUGGCAUGUCAAACUUUGCCUAUGUCAAGCAUGAGGCAGGCAUAGAUGAUAUGUUCAACUUUGAGACCUUUGGCAACAGCAUGAUCUGCUUGUUCCAGAUCACUACAUCAGCUGGUUGGGAUGGGCUCCUGCUGCCCAUCCUAAACCGGCCUCCAGACUGCGACCUCGACAAGGAGCACCCUGGGAGUGGUUUUAAGGGGGAUUGUGGGAACCCUUCAGUGGGGAUAUUUUUCUUUGUGAGUUACAUCAUCAUCUCCUUCCUGAUCGUGGUCAACAUGUACAUUGCCAUCAUCUUGGAGAACUUUAGCGUGGCGACAGAGGAGAGCGCCGAUCCAUUAAGUGAGGAUGACUUUGAGACCUUCUACGAGAUCUGGGAGAAGUUUGACCCCGACGCCACCCAAUUCAUAGAGUACAGCAAGCUGGCAGACUUUGCUGAUGCUUUGGAACAUCCUCUCCGCGUCCCCAAACCCAACACCAUCGAACUCAUCGCCAUGGACCUGCCUAUGGUAAGUGGAGACAGGAUCCACUGUUUAGACAUCCUGUUUGCCUUCACCAAACGCGUCCUGGGGGACAGUGGGGAGCUGGAUAUCCUGAGACAGCAGAUGGAGGAACGAUUCGUGGCAUCCAACCCUUCCAAAGUGUCUUAUGAGCCCAUCACAACGACGCUGCGGCGGAAGCAGGAAGAGGUUUCGGCGGUGGUUAUCCAGAGGGCCUACAGGGUUCGUUUAGCGCGACGGGGCUUUAUUAGCCGAAGGCCCGCCCCCACGAAACUGGAAAAUGGAGGAACAAACAGGGAGAAAAAGGAAGGCACCCCGUCCACGGCCUCCCUCCCCUCCUACGACAGCGUCACCAAGCCCGAGAAGGAGAAGCAGCAACGGGCAGAGGAAGGAAGACGAGAAAGAGCGAAAAGGCAAAAAGACGUCAGGGAAUCCAAGUGUUGAGACAAAAAUAAUAGAAUUGUACAAAUUAAAAUACAUGCAAGUGAAAAGAUUGUUUACAAACUUCAUGAAAUAUAUCAAUACAGAACAGCUGUGGAGACACUUACCUGAAGAUCUUAUACCAAACAUAGUCUGCUUACUGUGUGACAGCGUUGCAUCUAAAGCAGUGACCUACCACCUGUUUAAAGGACCCUUGUAAACAAACAUUUAAACACAAAAAAAAGGAAAAAAAAUGGAUUUUCUAUUGUUUGGGCAGGUGGAUACUGCAUGUUCCACAUCAGUCAAUGCAACUUAGGACAAACAAGCAAAAUAAAACACACACACACACACACACAGAAACAAAACCCGCUGCUGGGAUUCAUAUAUUUUCCAAAGCAGCCAAAAAAGGAUUUUAUUUUCCCGUUUUGUUGAUUAUUAUUGAAAGAAAACCCAGAAGUCACAAUCUUAAAGGGUUUGUUCAUGCAAAACUAGAUUUGCAUUUAGUUAAGCAGCAAAAAAAAAAAAAAGAAAAAAGAAAAAACAGAAAAAAGUUUAAAAUAAGUUAAAAAAAAAAACGGAAAAAAGAAACAAACCACCCAUUUAGCCCAUGCCAUUUAAUUGUCAUAGUUUAUUUGAUAUUUAUUAUCUCUGCAUUCUACUUUCUACAUGGGCUUUACUUGGUUUGGGAGAUGGGGUAAUCGGGUACCUUCAGCCCGGAGACAGCUCGGGCUGAUCCCCCCCCCCAAAAAAAGUGCUCGUUCAACGCGUAGAAGCGACUUGCAUGAUGGCAUGCCGUGACAGGGACCAUGCAUGAGGAACCAUUAGACCACAGACACUCCCUAGUCUGUCCACAGCAGUGUGUUAAGCCAUAAAUCCCAGGCACUCCACUGACUGCCAUAUACACUGGAUUUGGGAGAUAAACUCUAACACUGACCGUCCCCUCCGCCCGGCCUUCCCCACCCCUCACAGACCCGCCAGUAGGAGGAAAAAAAAAAACAAACAACAAACCAACAAAAAGAAACGAGCGGAGGAAAUAAUUGUGUGUGUAUGUUUAACGACUUGUCUGGUUUUUUUUCCAUACAGCCAUCUUUUUGCACACUGAAAUAUAACGAAACUAAAAUGCUGCUCUGGACCUCGUCAGAGGGGAGGUGAUUAAAAACUGGGAAUGGCUUGUUAUACUCUGUCACUGUAAAACCAAAAUCUAGGGCUUAAGUACCAGUCAAUAAGUUCAUUUGUAUUCCUGCAAUAUUUAUCAUUAAUACCAAUUAUUAUUCAGCCUCCAUCCUGCAGCGUAGACACUUCUUUUUAUUUUAUUUUUUUUUUUUUUUGGUGUAGAGAUAAGUGCAAUGAAAAAUCAGCGUGUUAUCUCUACGGGAGACGUGGGCAGCAGCCCCCAAGGUGUCCUGCUGGGGCUGGGGCCAUGCCCCGUGGUUUUGGGCACCCCCUUUGCCCUGGGGGUGGCUUCAGGACCCCCAGCUCCCCUGGGGUGGCCGCUGCAGGGGGACCCGUGGCCAGGAGGGCUCUGAGGGGGGAGCAGCCCCAUCCUGGGCUCCAGAGCCUUCUCCUUCACCCCGACUCUGGCAGCUCCACGGGGCAGGGGGGAGCUGGAGCUGCCUCUUCCCAGUAGGAAGGAAAUGGAGAGCCAAGUCCAAACGUCUCUUUUUCUCAAAGCCCAGACUCAGCCCCUCUUCCCUGGUGUCCUCCUCUUCAAGCCAGCGCUCGGCCACCGCUCUUGGCUGGGGUUUUUGGCUUUUUUUUUGUUUUUUCAGGGCCAGCGUGGGUCUCCUGGCCAGGGUGGGGGUCUCACCCGCUGGCGGUGGGAAGGAGAACGAGGGGUCGGUGCCCAGGUCCCUUGGGUGUGGACCAAAUCAAGGGUACCCAGAAUUGGGGGGAAAAAAAAAACCCAAGAGGACAGACCCGGAUAGCAGGAGGAGGCUUGGUUGGCAUCAUCUCACAACCCAGAAAAUGACAGGAGUCACUUAAAAACCCCAAACCCAGCAGGAAGCCCCCCUCCCCGCGGCUCCCGGGGCCGGGUCCUGCCCCCAGGAGCUCAGCCAGGAACCCGGUCUGUCCCGUCAGCUCUUGCCCCAGUUGCUCCUAGGAUGUGAUGUAUAAUAACAAAGAAAAAAAAAAAAACAAAACUACAUACAUAUGUACAGGCUACGUUGUAAACAGCACAAAAGAGAAAAAAAAAAAAUAGCUGAAAAGUGUGGUUGAACUUUUUAAGAGAAUAUUAUAAAUACUGUAAUAUAUCAUUUUAUUUUAUCGGCAUGCCUUUUUGUAAAUACAAAGAACUACAAAAAUAAUAGAAUGGCUUCUGGCUUAUGCCAUUGUCCAUGUUUAUUUUUAUUUUUUUAAUAUUUUUCUGUUUUCCUUAGACUUUAGAUAGCCAGUAAACAUCCCCCAAAGAAAAAAAAAAAAAAGACAAACAAACCUCUACCCACCUAGAUUUUAAAAAAAAAUGCUUUAUUGCAAUUGAUCUUUGAAACAGCAAAAGUAUAUAUUUUUUGGGUUCCAAUGUGCAAUAAGUUGACCACUUCUAUGCAAGAUUUGGCUAAACUUCAUAAUUGUUCUUAAGCUGGGCUAUUGGCUCGUAGGUGAAGCUUGGUACGUUUAGCGUUCGUGCUGGCCAUUUCAUUAAGCUACUCAAUUACUUUAAAAUAAAAAGUCCCUUCAAACUAUGUCUAUGUAUUUAUUUUUUUUACCAUCAGAUCUGUAUUAAAUGCAAGAGGCCAGUGGUGCUGAGACCAAAGGGGAGCGGAGCGGUUCUUCAGCUGUUGGGUUUGGCCGCCGACUGUCCUUCUGCUCAGAGGAGAGUUUCCUGGGGGGGGGUUGGGUGGGUUUUCUCUCCAAGUUCCCUUCCUUGGGCAGAUGUUUCCACCAGCUGUGGCUCUGGGUUCUGAUGGCGCCGGGUUCCUGCACAUCGACCCCAGGGGAGGCCAAGGACGAGGAGGAACCGUUGGUCGCAGAGCGUUGGGGACGUUGGUGUCCUUCACCAGCCCCUGAAUUCAGAUGCCUACACAGGAUUUACGGUCAGGGUGGUGGGAAUCAAGCAAGGGUGGGGGAUGGCGUCGAUUAAAAAGUCGUAGCCAAACAUCAAGACAACAACUCUUCCCUCCCCCACUUAUAAAAUCCUCCCUUUGGGGUUAAUUUGUGACUGUUCUUCAAAGAGCAGGGGGGAAGGGCGAUCAAGAAAUACCAAUUCAAGCUGCUUUAUUCACUUUUCCUGUUCACCUUUUCUUAAAAUAUAGAAGCCGAUGUUGAACAAAACAAAUUGAAAUAAAACCAUGAUGUUAUAUAGAGGCCACACCCGAGUUUGAAUUAUUUUCUGCUGAAAAAAAAAAUAAAAUGUUAAAGCUGUAAAAGAUCAAUAGUGAAGAUUAGUGUAUUAGAAAUUGCAUGGUGGCUCAUAAUGAUCUUACCCAACAUGAUUAACAAUUGCGUUACUAUAAGCCAAAAGAAAUGAAAAUAAAUGUUACCCUUUUCACUGAA